GUCCGUUGGGAGUGGGGUUGAGAGGAAAGAGUCGUUUUACCGCGUCAAAAAAUUCUCUUCGCAUCAUUACAGGCGCUCACAACAGGCAAAGCGCUCGACGCAUCGGCACGUGACCGUCAGGAUCAGGACGAUCUGCAUCAUUGCCUCAGCAUGGAUUACACAUUCGAUGACGAGUUUCAAGCGGCGGCCGACUGGCUGAUGUCCAAAACGUCUUCCCGGCCCACCGUGGGCAUCGUGUGCGGUUCGGGUUUGGGCGGUCUGGCCGAAAUGCUCAAAGAGCCUCAAAUCUUCAAGUAUGCCGACAUUCCCAACUUCCCACAAAGCACAGUGCACGGCCACGCCGGUCAGCUGGUUUUUGGAACGCUCAAGGGAAAGGCCUGCGUUUGCAUGCAGGGCAGGUUCCACCUGUACGAGGGAUACCCCGUCCAGAAGGUGGCGCUGCCCAUGCGCGUCUUCAAGCUGAUGGGUGUGGAGACAGUGAUCCUGACCAACGCGGCUGGCGGCCUCAACCGGGACUACAAGGUGGGCGAUGUCAUGAUCAUCAAAGACCACAUCAACAUCCCGGGAUUCGCCGGAGUCAACCCCCUGGUGGGACCCAACCACGACAGGUUCGGAGUGCGCUUCCCCUGCAUGUCGGACGCAUACGACCGUGACCUGUGCAAGCUGGCACACGAGGUGGCGGCUGAGCUGGACUUUUCCCACUACAUGCGCGAGGGGGUCUACUGCGUGCUGGCAGGGCCCUCCUUCGAGACCAUCGCCGAGUGCCUCAUGUUACACCGGCUCGGGGCCGACGCCGUGGGCAUGAGCACGGUGCACGAGGUGAUCGCGGCGCGCCACGCCGGCAUGCGCUGCCUGGCCAUGUCGCUCAUCACCAACCGGGCAGUCAUGGACUACGAGAGCCAGGCCAAGGCCAACCACGAGGAGGUCCUGGAGACCGCCCGCCAGCGGGCCGUGCAGCUCGAGCAACUGGUCGGCGCGCUGGUCGGCCGCCUGGAGCUGUGCCACAACAAGACCUUGUGAGGCGGGCCGUUGGGGGCGGUGUGCUCUUCCUGCUAAAUAUUAAUAUUUAAUAUUAACCCCCAAAAUUAGCAUCCCCUGGGAUUUUAUAUUAAUAUUAAAUUAAUAUUAACUCCCAAAAUUAGCAUCUCCUGGGAUUUUAUACUGACAAACUCCAGUCCCCAAAGCCAAUUGAUUUUUUUAGGAGUGUGACAUCCAUCACUCACAAGGAGGCGCAUUCCAUUUGGUUUCAAUGGUAUAGAAUGGAAAGCACAAGCAACUCAACCCAAAGCAGGUUGCACUUAGCAACAUGAAAUGUAAUAGCAAUUUUGCUUAUGAGUAGACACUCAAAAACGUCUGAAGAAAGAAACCAGACACGUCGGUCAGCCAUCGUGGCUCAAAGCCACCACUCAUUUCGGCCUCUUUGUAGACAUACAAUUUUCUUGAAAAAUUCCACUCCCAAAGCCAGUUAGUUGCCUUGCCACCACAAAAAGCGUUUGCGGCCUCCUAGCAUACAGGCCCAAUACAAACUCCUGCAGUCAGUGUUGAUGAAAGCGACUAACCGCUGUUUCACUCAAAAACCAACUUCUACUUUGAAUUCAACUUGAAACCCUUGUACUACUUAUUACGUAACUGAGUAAAGGGAUUUUUGUAAAAGGUGUGACAGAAUCUUAAAUUGUAAUUUAAGUUGAGCAUGCUUUCCUGGUUGCUAUAUGACAUUAAUGUCGAGACAUGUCAAAGGUGGACCGAAAUUGUGAGGAGAAAAAAAAAGUCUUAACUGCACACGCACUUGACUUCCCCUUGAACGACUUAUGCCAUAAAAGACUUGCACAUUACAAACUGAA